UGUGGCCACCGCCACCAUUAAAGAAAGAAAUCCAUCGCCAGCUAUUUAGAGAAGCGAGCCGCCUCUCUUGAGGCGGCAUGGCCAGAUGCCGAAAACGACCAAAUUUUGAAAAAUAUGUUCCAUGCAUGCGCUUGAUCUAUGGAGCGUGGGCCAACUUCAGUCACGGAGGCCAAUCUCUCUGCCUCACCGCAUACUUUUCCCUCAUUUUUGCAUAUAGUUUCAACUUAUAUGGGUAACCAAAUCCAUUUGAAAUUGCAACGGAAGUGGAAAGAUACAUCACAAGAACAAUCCCAGGUACAUUGGGGACAGGCCAACGGCAACUAUAUACCGACUACAGUAUAUGGUGACAGUUCAAGCGUUCCUAAUAGCAGCCGCAAUCCGGGAGCAGCAGUGGAACCAAGAAACUCGAAGCAAAGAAAAUAUUUCUAUUGUGGUGGACCCAGGCAUCACAAAAAGGACUGCAGGAAACGCCAACGCAAGAUGCAGCAAGGAAAGUUGGAACCACAUCCUCAAAUUUUUGCAUCCAAAGCGAUAUAUUAUCGGAACCCCUUGUCUGGGCUCAGAACUUCCAACGGUAAAGAAAGGAAUAAAUGUGCAAGACCACGAGAUAUUGUGGAUCGUGUCUACUCGUUUGAAAGGAGCUGCGGUUAUCUGGCGGAAAGCAGUGGAAGACGAUAUGAUCAAAAUCAAGUUUCGAAAGAUCUUAGGCAGGAUCAUUUGUGUAUGCCAAGCUGUCUAGAAACUUCGCUCAAGGUUUCAAUCGCCGAUCGGGUUGGAGGGAAUUUCCAGUAUUUUUUUUUCUCUUGGUCAACAAUCUAUACAUAACAAACCUUUUUUCAUUGACCAUUUAAUUCACAUCUCACUAUGACCCGUGGCAAUCAACGUGAACAAGAUCGUCUCAAGGCUCAAAAGAAGGCUGGCGGCAAAGCCAAGGCUACUACUUUGAAUGGUCAGUCCUUGAAGAACAAGCAAGAAAGGUGAGUGACAGUUUUCUAUCUCUCUCCCCCUAUGCUCUCAGUCAUUCUACCUGCAAUAUAAGGCAUGGC